AUGGCUGACGUCGAGAUGAAGCCCCAGGACGCCCCGAAGCGAUUCGAGGUUAAGAAGUGGAACGCCGUCGCGCUGUGGGCCUGGGACAUCGUCGUCGACAACUGUGCGAUCUGCAGGAACCACAUCAUGGACCUCUGCAUCGAGUGCCAGGCGAACCAGGGCAGUGCGGCGAACGACGAGUGCACGGUCGCUUGGGGAGUCUGCAACCACGCCUUCCACUUCCACUGCAUCAACCGCUGGCUGAAGACGCGCCAAGUCUGCCCACUCGACAACCGAGAAUGGGAGUUGCAGAAAUACGGCAAGUAG